GGAUAUUAUAGGAAUCAUUGGAUGUUAAAUCAUAGCGUCAGCUGCACGACAUGACGGAGAACGGGUGUUAAUUACUAAGACACAACAUGUGGUUUAAAGAUAUAGUGCUUGGGUGAUGAUAUAAGUGGCUGAAUGUUAUAUGUGUUGCUGGUUAUGGGAUCAUCGUAUGUCUUCACCAAAGAUCAGAGGGCAAAGUGAUCGAUACAGGGUCUCUUAGGCCUCUUAUAAGAGUGUGACAAGAAUCACAAAAAAGAUAAGACAACAUGUUCAAUAAGAUUUGAUUUAAAUGGAACCGAAUACACUGAAGAUGGCUAACAGAAGGGAGACAACUCCUGUUGACUCGGGAUAUGCAUGGGUUAUUCUUUUUGCCUGCUCUUUAUUGUACAUGAUGCUGUCGGGAGUGACAAAGGCCUUCGGUAUCCUGUACACAGAAUUCCUGGAGGUGUAUGACGCCGGGGCGGGUAACACCGCCUGGAUUGGCAGUGUGAAGCUUUUCCUCUUCUUCGGUUUAGGCCCUCUAGCAAACAGCCUGUGUGAGGUGUUUUCUUUUCGAAAGGUGGUGAUGACAGGAGGACUGUUACUUUCUCUCGGCUACUUAGCCAGUGUGUUUGUACAGCAAAUGGAACUGAUGUAUCUCACAAUUGGUAUUGUUGCUGGUAUUGGAUGUGGCUUUGUGUUCGCACCUUGUACAACGAUCGUGAGCUUCUAUUUUAAGAAAAGGCAAGCUCUUGCUAAUGGAAUUGUUAUAUCUGGAAGUGGACUUGGUAGUUUUAUUUUCCCUUACUUUUAUCGUUUCAUAAUAGAUGAACUUGGCCUCAAAGGAGCCUUGUUAAUUAUCAGCGGAGUUUCUCUACACGUGUGUGUGGGAGGUGCUCUUUUACGUCAGCCACAUCAGCUCAUCAAAUCAAAACAUUCCUCAGACAAAAUCGAUGAAGAAACUAAAAAUCUUAACUAUGGAGAAAACACCAAAAUUAUAGAAAAGCCGUCCAAGCAAAAGUCUAAAUUUGUAAUAGAUUUUACUUUAUUUAAAAUUCCUCGAUUUUCAGUAUAUGUGGCAGCUUUUACUGUAAACAUUAUUGGAUAUGCUGGUAAUUUUUCUGCCUUUCCAGCACAUGUAAAGUCACUUGGAUUCGGAGAACAAAAGGUAGCUAUAGCUUUGUCAAUGAUAGGAGCAACAGAAAUGUUUGCCAGGAUUUUCUUUGGAUGGUUUGCUGAUAAGAAAAUAUUUCAAAAGAGAACCAUUGUGAUUUUCUCAGCUGUUGUGAGCGGGGUCAGUGCAAUUUUGAUUCCUUUCUUGAGGAACUUCCCAGCUAUGGUUGUGUAUGGCUGUAUUGUCGGGAUAUUUCCUGGUGCAUUCUGGAGUCUGAUGGCUGUCAUGAUGCUAGAAUGUGUUGAACUUGAUAGACUUACAUCAGCCAUGGGGGUUCUGUCCAUGUUCAUGUCUUUUGGGAUUGUCAUCAGCCAGCCACUCAUGGGUUGGCUGGAGGAUGCUACUGGAUCAUGGGACCUGUCUUUUAGGAUUAUGGGAAUGUUCAAUCUACUAUCGGGCGCAUUAUUUGUGCUGGAGCCAGUAUUCAAGAGAGCUUGUUGUGUUGAUGUUGAUUCAACAGAAUCUCAUACAGGGGAGGAGAAAGGAAUAGCAGAUCAAGUUAUAGAGAUUGAGCUAACGAACAAGACCAGUGAAGGGUUGUCAUUGACGACGGAAACAUCUCGGGAACGGUCGUCUCUGAUUUUGUGUGAAUCAUCUCCGCACACAGAGGGAGAGAGCAAUAAUGGAAAUAUUAAAACUGCUAACGACUUGAAAAAUUCAGAGUAAAAAGAAAAAGUGAGAUUGGAAAUACAAAUACUUUUGUGAAGAAAUUGUGUGUGUGUGUAGUAGGGUUGAAUUAAGAGUGGCAAUAUUUCAAAAGGAGGAUUUUAUGUACAUAAUUAUGAAUAACAUGCCUUUUGGGGAAAAAUUGUAGAUUCCAGAGAAUUAGCAUUCAUAAAUCAUAUCUUUUUGAAAUCUGUAUUCAGGUCUCAGGUAAACAUGAACUUAAUGAUGUAGCCAAAUUAUAUAUAAAUUAUAUAUAUUUAGGAUAAUUGUACAGUAUUGUCCUGUCAGUGAUUUAUUUUGGCCAGAGAAUUUCAUUUCUUGACUUAUCAUUUUGAAAAGUGCUAUGCUUUAUCAACAUAACAAGAGUAGAACGAUGUUUUUUUUUGGUGAGUUACUUAUUUUCAGUAUUUUUAUCCUCUAUAGAGAUCCAGCCCUUCAGUGUUUUUAAACGAACAUUAAUGUUUGUUUAUUAGAAACCAGAGUAGAGUGGGUGUUUAUUUCCUUGUAUGGAGACAAUUUUACCAGCAUGCCAUCUAUAAUACUACUGCUGCGUUUCAUCCAAUAUGGUUGCCAUCAAAUUAUUUGCUUCAAACACAUACAUGUACUCAAAAAUAUUUCUACACAUAAGUCUGCAAUUUCUAGCAUAAUUGCCAAAUGAAUGCAAAAUCAAAAACCUCAAACAUUGCCAAACUAAUGAAAAAAUUCAAAAAUGUCAUGAUCAUAUGACGUUAUUUUUACCAAUCAUGCAACAUGUAACGUAAUUUUAUGAUGUGUUUUAGAUGUCCUCCUUUUUUGCCAAUCACAAGCUUCAACCUGUCUCAGAAAUUACUGUUUACAUUUUUGCACCUGUCAAUUAAUUGAUAAUUGUCUUUCUCAUUACUGCUAGCUAUCUAGUCAUUCAAGUCUUGAGGGACAGGUGAAUAAUUUGUAAAGGUUUAGGUAUAAAUACAAAUGUAUUUACAGUUUGAUGUUUUACAUUAUAUGAGACUACAUGUAUACACUGGGCAACAACAACAAAGCACCAUUUUGAAUGUUCUGAUGUUAACUGGUUUUUUUUAUUUAUUUAUUAUGUUAAGAAAUGUGUAUUGCUAAAGAUAUAGACACUCAUAUUACAUCAAGUUGGUAACUAACAAUAUUUACGUGGUACUUUAAAAUAGAUUAUAUAUUCUGUGGAAAAGUCCUGAACUUCCUGUUACUGGACAGUUUAUUGUUACUGGACAGCUUACUGUUACUGGACAGCUUACUGUUACUGGACAGUUUACUGUUACUGGACAGCUUACUGUUACUGGACAGUUUACUGUUACUGGACAGCUUACUGUUACUGGACAGCUUACUGUUACUGGACAGCUUACUGUUACUGGACAGCUUACUGUUACUGGACAGUUUAACAACACAUUGUAAACCAUUCAGUCCAAUAACUUUAUCUGGAAUACUUGAUAAAAGAACAGGUUUUAAUUUUGUUUUUAAUGCUUAUCACAUAGAAUAUUUUUAUGACUGGAUUGUGACACCAGCUAUACCUUACAUUUCAUUAAACAUUAAUGUAAAUAUUUGUUUGUACAUAUCUAGUGUGACAUAGCAAGUCUUAUCAAUGUAAGCCAAAACUAGUUAUACAUAUCCUACCAUUUGAGAGAGAAAAAACUUGUUAUUAUAAUGAUAUAAAUUUUGAUGUAUUUUUCGGACGAUAUAUUUUAUAUUUUUAUUGUUUUGUAUUAGAGUUUACUGAUAUUGUUUUAUUCUGACACAAUUGCUUUCUUGUCAUGUUUCCGUUAUAAUGUUAUGUUAAAAAGUUAUUGUGAUGUCUAAGAUCUAACAUUUGACUUUCAUUUUACACAAAUUGUUGCACUACGAAAUGUAUAGAUGUAUUUCAUGUUUUGAUAUCAUAUUUGAUAGUUUUGAAGAACAAAUAUAUCAUGAGAUAAACUUGUAAGUACAUGUUCCUACUUAUUCAAUGAAUUCGAAAAAGAAAGAUAAUGUAGUUCUAGAUAUAAAGUCUGACAGAAAUUAUAUAUUCAUGGAAAAUUUAGUGAAAUAAUAAUAAAAAAAAGUGAUAACUUAAAGCAUUGCUACUACAUAAUAAUGAUAAAGAUCAGGUCGAAGAUACCAAAACUUCCUGCCAAUGCCAAGUUUGGACAAUUAUGCAGAACAUUUUAUAAAUGAGUGAUAGCUUACUGUUUAGUUGGUUAGAGCGGUGGCCAGGUAACCUCAGGUAAGAUUCGAGAUGUGCUCCCUACCUGUGUCAGUAUGUGUUUCUCAGGAAGCUGAGAAACCGGCCUGCCUUUGCUGUCGUGGUUGUGUCCAUGGACGAGACACUUAAUCAUUAUUUCUCUGGAUGGCAUGCAAUGGGUCUCCCAUAGAUUGUUACUUGAGGUAGUCUCGAACAGCUCAAGGAGACUCCGCCUCAAACUUGCCCGGGCUGUUCACUGGACAAUAAAUCCAGCAAACAAACAAGCAAAAUCCAGCCAAUUUCAAGUAUGGGUACUGGUCAUUAUGCACAACAUUACAUCACAUUGAAGAUCUAAAUUGAGAUUCACCUUCAACAAUUUCCAUGACUUGUUUUAGAAAGUACAAAUGUUCCCCUAUUGAAUCAAUUAUAAUCUCUGUAUACAUUUUUCAUAUAUAUAUUGUCAAAAAGAAAAUUAGAACCGAGAUACAAUGUUGAAAGCUGAACAAUACAAUUAUGUAAUAAAGAUACGAAAUAGACUUGUUAAUAAAUAUUAUAAUCAUAAGAGGAAGUGAAAUAUAUUUAUAUAGGUGUUGGCUGCUAAAUAGACAUACAAUAUGUAUAUAUUAUCAAUUGGUUUUGGCUACAUAACAAUUGUAUUUGGCUAUAUUGCAAUUGUAUAUGGCUAUAUAGCAAUUGUAUAUAGCUAUAUGGCAAUUGUAAAUGGCUAUAUAGCAAUUGUAUUUGGCUAUAUAGCAAUUAUAUUUGGCUAUAUGGCAAUUGUAUAUGGCUACAUUGCAAUUGUAUAUGGCUAUAUAGCAAUUGUAUAUAGCUAUAUGGCAAUUGUAUAUGGCUAUAUAUCAAUUGUAUAUAUAGCUAUAUAGCAAUUGAAUUUGGCUAUAUUGCAAUUGUAUAUGGCUAUAUAACAAUUGUAAAUGGCUAUAUGGCAAUCGUAUAUGACUAGAUAGUAACCAACCAUAGAGAAAUAGAUUGUCUAUAGUAUCUUUGACUGUUAUACAUAUGUUGUUGUUUUAUACAUGGUUGUUGAUGUAAGUUCAAUUUAGAUAUUAUUGUAAUUGUGUUAAGUAUGAUUUAUUUUGAUUGUAUUAGUGUUUCUAGUCUAAUUUCUGGAAUAAACAGUGGUGCUUUGUAUCGUU